CCUAACUCAUUAUAACCAUACAAAAACACUUACACAAAAACACCUAAACAUCCACCAAAACCCAUCCAAGAAAAUACACGCAAACACCUAAAACGCUCACACAAAACCUGAUAAAAACCCAUCCACAAGAACAAGAAGACACACAAACACCAGAAAUCCCAAGUAAAAAAACACACACACACACACACACAAUGGAAGCGCGAAGAAGAUCAUCGUUGGCAGGAAGCUGCAAUAAACACCCGAAACACAGGCAAUCACCUGGAAUUUGUUCCUUAUGUUUAAGAGAAAGAUUAUCGAAGAUAUCAGCCCCUUCAUCAGGCGCCGUCAUAAACGUUUCUUCAUCAUCUUCUUCAUCUUCUAUCUCGUCGGUAUCUUCUGCUUAUUCUUCACAUGCCUCUUCUUACACUGCAUCUCCCAUGCAAAGCUAUCGAAAUCGACGACAGAUCGGUAAUUUGGAAGGAAACGGGUAUCUUCAUUUCUUGAGGAACAACACUAAUGGUUUCUUAAAGAAGAGUAGAUCAGUGGCUUUUGUUAGUGAUCAAACCAAUGUUAUGCAAGAUCAUGAGAAGAAAGUUGGGUUUUGGUCAAAAUUGAUGGGAACAAAAAGGAGUUCUUCGAGAAUGAUGCAUUCAAGAACCCUGAGAGAAACGUUUCAUUCUAGAGAUUGAAUUUAUUUAUUUGUAAAUCAUAACUUUAUUUUAUAUAUUUGUGAGAAAAAAAGAAAUCUGUUUUUGUUUAUAUAUAAGAAUGUCAAACCAAGAUCUUACAAUUUA